AUGUAUUUGUUGGUAGUUACGGGCUACAGCAAGGCACUAAAUCGCAUUAAGCUGUUGACACAAGACGAUAUGGAGACCAUACGACAUCAACGACUGCAAACGAAUUUGCGGGCGCUCUCAGAGGCUCCACCGCUCCACGAGCUGUUCGUGUUCAGCGACAUCACCACGGUGCGCCGUAACAUAAUUGGUGCCCCACGGGCGGCCCUGCACACGGCCCUCAACAACCCACACUUCUACAUGCAGUGCCAGUGCUGCGUGCUACGCGAGCAAACGCAGCUCAUGGGUACCCUGCCCGAUCUAUCGGUGGUGUACAAACUGCACCUGGAGUGCGGCCGCAUGAUCAACCUGUUCGACUGGCUGCAGGCGAGGAUCCGGACGGAGAGGUGGCCCAAGAGCAAAUCGAUCCGCAGAUACAGGCACGCUUCACGCGCGCUGUGUCAGAGCUUCAGUUUUUGGGUUACAUUAAAAUGUCCAAGCGCAAGACCGAUCAUGCCACACGCCUCACCUGGUAGAUGCAACAGCAUUGGGGGUUUUCUAUCUCUUUUAUUUAUAAAUUGCUCGCGUGGUACGGAAUAAAUACAUAUUUUUCUAUGGGCAUGCAAGAAAUGUCUUUGAGAAGCAA